AUGGCCGCGCAGCUUCUUCUUUUGGGAAUGGCUCUAUGGCGCGCUGGGCUGCGGUUCAAUUUUUGGUCUCGCCAUCACCAUUGUAUCAUUGCGGGACUUUAUUGUUAUUCACAACUUACCCAUUCCAGAUGUGAAGACGCAGAAGAGAACAACUGGGAAUGGGAGCGUGCCGAAGAAGAGGAGGAUGACGAGCCAGUGCGCCUUCGGCCAGAGGCUCUGCAAGUACCGGCUGCCAAUGCAAACGAUGGUGCUGGCGACAACGUCAAUGCGGACCCCAAUGAUGCCAUCGAGAACCCAGACGACGCGAUGCGUCUCAUUCUUCGCAAGGGCACCCUGUGGUUCUUUCGUGACCCGUAUGAUCCAGCCUUUCACCCCAUCAAGUAUAUUGUCAAGACGCCUCUCGUGGCCUAUCUGGUCCGCUUCCUGGUGGUCCUUGUUCUGAUGAACACCAUCGCCUACUUCAUCUUCCAUCUGGGCAGUCGCAUGGCCAGCUGGCUGUUGCCCUCGACGCUGCCCUGGAACCUACUCAUCCGACACCCGCUCGAGUUUGUACUGGCUAACAUGACUAUUCCCCUGGUCUGGGUGCGUACGCUGACCUCCGUUUUUUUGCUUGCAUUCGUGCCUGGGUACCGAUGUCAUUGGGUGGGCCUUUACGACUACAUGCUACCACCCCCCACCGAGCCUGUCGGGCCUGAUGCUGCUGUGGACAAUGGGGUUGAGAAUGACGAGCAGGAGGGGGCUGACGGUGAUGAGAGGCGCUUCAUCGCCGCUGGUGGUGCAGCAGCGGUCCCUCAGAACGACGUGCUUCCUGACGUGGAGGCCGAGGUGGAUCAUUCUCAAAACGGCGAGGCGGGCGAAGACCAGGACCGACCUCUGGCGCGUGACAUUCCGCUUUUCUAUCCGCGCUUGACCGUGCUGGUCUUCAUGGGUCUUGUCACGCUGUCAUUGCUGGCCGCUAUCUUUUUCGUGCUUCCGGCCCUGGCCGGUCGCCCGCUGUUGAAGCUGUGCGGUGCCACCGUGGUGCACGAGUAUUUUACCUUGGGAGUAUCGUUGCUCGUACUAUACGGCGCGGGAUUUUUGGGCAAAUUGUGUGUGACUCAAGCGCGACAAGAACGACUUCGAGUGAUAUUGACAAAGUUUGCGCGAGCAGUUUUGCUGGCUCUCAAGAUAGUCGUGCCUCAGCUCAGCAUUUUCUGCCUGACCAAUGCUAUUUUGCAGUUGGCAAUCUUUAGCACGUUGACCUUUGGUAUCCUACCGAUCAUCAUGGGUGUUUCACUGGAGCUGGCUAUAUUUGUUCCAAUCUCUCUUGUCGAUCAUACCACACCAAUGAUUUCGCUGUGGCAGAGCUGGGCGCUCGGUGUCAUGGCGCUCAACUGUAUUUUGCGCCUUCUUACCGAUGGUCCAGCCCUCCGCAUCAAAAUUGAGAUCGAUCGUCAAUGGCAGGCUGGCCUUGCUGGUUUCAGUCUGACGGCUGCCUGUGCAGUGGUACUGCCUUUGAUCGGCUCGCUGCUAUUCUUUUUGUUGAGCCCAAUUCCGAUUGUGUUUGGCAUCUUGCCCGCGCUGUUGCCUCUGAAUGAUCGUCAAAUCUGGUAUGGGUUUUACUAUCUUUACCCCACGAUGGUGUGUGCAGCUGUUGCGGCCCUGGUGGCACAGGCUGUGCAAAGAAAGCUGGCUGGGGUCAGUAAGAUUGUCCGAGACGAUCAGUACCUAAUUGGUACACGUUUACUUAACGCUCCGACCGGAUCGACAGACGGGGCCAACUGA